AUGACUUCAGUUCUCAGGGCCCCAACCGUCCGUUUGGAGAUGUCAUACGGAGAAUUCAUCCGAGCCUGUACGAGGGGAUAUUGCUUCGACUGUUCGUGGAAUAUUGCUCCUCCCACUGUUCCCAAUGCACCGAUUUUGUACAAUCUACUGCCGAUGGUCGAGUUCUUGAAAAGCACAGAACCCCUCGGCGUAAUGGGGGCCGAGUUGGAUGCCAUGGCCAUUGGUGUUUUGAAUAGUAUUCCAUUGUCUUACCAUCUGCUGCGCCCGCAGGUUGUGGAGGAGGCUCGUCAGUUGUCAAUGGAGAGCGAGCGACGUGUGGAGAAUGCGAAACAAAGGGCCAUCGCUGAGGGUUUGUCCGACCAAACGACAUGGAGCCCUGGAAGUGUGAACGAAAACCUUGAUCCAAAGGAUGCAGAAUUGUUGGACACGGAUAUUGACGUCAGUAUGAUGCUAGAGCGUGACAAGCCCUCACUUACACAUCUGCAACGCCCUCUGUAUACAGAUAUGGGCCUGGUGUCACCAGAGCAGCGGCACUUGGAGCGCAUCUCCCGCAUUGUGCCUGAUGAAUUACGGAGCAUAGUUUCGUUACCUCUGUCUCUGAUGUCACAGACGCAGCCGGGCGGGCCUCCCCAACAUGGGGGAUAUUUGUUGUCGUCUGCCUCACUCGCGGGUGCAGCUCGGGGCUCGGGGGAAACGUCGGAGAAUACGGCUGUGCAAUGGAAAGAUGGUGUUAUCGCGUCAUUCAAGGCCGCUCGUUCGCUAGACGUUUCUCAUGAGAAGAUGCUUAAGGCCAUCGCGCGGACAAAGCUCGGACUUGGUGGUGAGAACUGCCGAACACUCGCAUUUGUCCAGCGACUGUGGAAGCUGCUUUUCGAGGGUACAAAUGAAAGACAGCAAUGUGGGAUGUGGAGUUGUUUGUGUCACUUCUCCGCUAACUACGGUUCUCAUGACGAAUCUGAGGAGGUGCUGGAGCAUGCGGUAGAAGCUCUUGAGUUACCAGACCGUGGAUUGUGGUGUAGUGUGACUCGGGAGUAUGUCAAGUUACUGAGGGAGUACACGGCGUCUUUGCCUGGUGGCGUGGAAGAACGAAGGGCUGCUUUGCAAAUUAGUGAGAGCGAGCUGAACCCCCCAAAAGGGGGAGCUUUUGGAGCAGACAUAUCGGUUGAUAACCGGCUGCGGAGGGAACGGGGUGAACUUGGGCCGAACCGGCAACCGGUGCCCAUCUACCCUGUAGAAGUGGUGCCAUUAUACCCUGCAGGGUUCCAAGAGUACGCUGAAGUGUACGGCACCUCAGGCAAUGAAGCUGCCAAUGAAGUGAAGUUGGGUGAAGUUGAAACAGCGCUUCAUCACGUUGUACUUCCAGGCGCUGUCGUCGGCCCGGAGUCCAGAAGCGGAGGGCCACAUGUAUUGGUGGCCAACACCAACCUUCUGGUGGCUGAUAAGCAAAGCGAUUUGCAGGCUGCUGAUGGGGUUACUCUUACCUACCACGCAUCACGGGAGAACACGUUUGAACGACUGGUGCUGGAUGCUAACAACACAAGUAGCUACUUAUUCCAAUUGUGUUCGGUACCUGAGACUAGUGGCGACGUGCCCACGGGCCUUGCCAGUGCAGCUGGGCAUUAUGCUGUUUACCGUCGUCUUGCACUUCGGGAUUUGUACGUAAAAGCGCCCGAUGCUAAAGAUCCCCCAUUGGAACGUUAUGUAGUGGUCUUUGGAGAAAAAGAAAAUCCACGCACAGAAUCACGGAAACGGAGCCGUGAAGAUUUAGGAGCAGGUGAAGGCUCGGCGUUUUACGGGACGGAGGGGGGGGGGAAAUAUGUUGAGUGA